AUGAGUCGAUUUCCUGUUGCAAUUUCUAUGCUAAUGAUCCUUACACUGUUCAUACCGAUAUCUACUCAAGUAAAGAAACAAGGGUCGUCUAUAUCACAAGUAGAAGACAUUAAGGAUUUUAAGAAGUUAAUGCGAUCGAAAACAAAUGUUUUAGUAAUCUAUAUAAAUAGUAAUAAGGAAGCAAAAACAAUUUUGAAGGUGUUCAAAGAAGUGGCAGAGAAAUUGAAGGGUAGAGCCACAUUAGUGUCAAUAGAUUGCUCAGGAGGUGAAGGAAAGAAGCUUUGCAAAAAGCUGAAGACAGAUAAAGCAGCACCCUACUACAUUAAGCAUUACAAAGACGGAGAGUUCAAUAAGAAUUACGAACGAGCGGAGACUGUAAAUUCAAUUGUUAAUUUCCUCCUAGAUCCCACUGGAGACAUACCUUGGGAUGAGGAUCCUACUGCAACAGAUGUCUAUCACUUAGCUGAUGCUGCAGCUUUAUUAAGCUUUCUAAAAAAGGGUGCGGCAACACAAAUGAAUGCCCUAAUAAUGUUCUAUGCUCCAUGGUGUGGCUAUUGCAAGAUAUUAAAGCCUGAGUAUGCACAAGCAGCUACAGAUGUAAAGGGAGAAGGCAUGUUGGCAGCUAUUGAUGUCUCGAAACCAGAUAAUGCAAAACUUCGUACUGAGUACAAUAUAACUGGUUUCCCAACAUUAUUACUCUUUGAGAAAGGUCGCUUCCGCACAGUUUACAGCGGUGAGAACAAACGAGAGGCACUCGUCAAAUACGUUAAGGAUCCCAAGGAACAGCCACGUGCUCCCGAACCGCCUGAGUCAUGGCAAGAGGAUACACAGUUACAACAUUUAACCAUGGAGACCUUCGACAGCAUGCUGCAACAGGUGGAUAGUGCACUUGUCGUGUUCUAUGCACCAUGGUGUGGCCACUGCAAGAAUUUAAAACCCAACCUUGUUAAGGCACAGGACGCUUUGAAAAAGCAGAAGAUCGAAGGAAUGAUAGCAGUGGUUGACGUGACAGCGGAGAAGGAGCUCGGUUCAAGAUUCAAUGUAAAGGGAUACCCAUCGACUAAGUAUUUCUCGAAGGGCGAAUACCAGUAUGACGUCAAUCAUCGGACAGAUGACAAAAUUAUAGAAUUCAUGAAGAAUCCACAAGAGCCGGUCGCUCCGCCGCCAGAGAAGCCAUGGUCUGAAGAGGAGAGUGCAGUGCGUCAUCUCAACGCGAAGACGUUCAAACAGACCCUGAGAAAGGUGAAACAUGCUCUUGUCAUGUUCUAUGCGCCGUGGUGUGGCCACUGCAAAUCUACGAAGCCGGAGUUCGUCUCGGCAGCAGAGAGGUUCGCUGAGGAUCUGGUAGUGCUUUUUGGUGCGGUCGACUGCACAGUGGAAGCUGCCACCUGCGCGACCUUCAAUGUGAAGGGCUAUCCGACCUUCAAGUAUUUCAGUCAUUAUGACCGUGUUGUAGACUAUACCGGUGGUAGAAAGAUGGUCGACUUCGUCAAGUACAUCCAUACCCAGAUUGAGGAGCAGAGCAUGAAGCGACACGACUCCACCGGCUUCGGCGUGAGUGUCGUGCUCGCGACGGAUGACAACUACGAGCAAAUAUUCGCGGACGCCGCGCCAUCGUUCGUCAUGUUUCACGCUACAUGGUGCAGCCAUUGCAACGAGGCGAAACCGUCGUUCAGCCGCCUGGCAACGCAGCUGAAGACCGAGAAUGCGCCGUUGAAAAUCGUCGCGAUCGACGUCACGAAUAACCCGAAAGUGACGGAUUUCGCGGGAAUAAAAACGUUGCCAACAUUCAAAAUGUACGCCAAUUCAGCCGAAGUGGCGGCAUACGAGGGCGACCGGUCACAAGACGAUAUGUAUAAGUUCUGCAAGAAGGCGAUAAAGGUUAAUGAUGAAUUGUGA